GCUCGAGCGGAGGCGUUCCGAGCCGCGGCAGAAGCCCUGCGAGCUGCUGAAGGUGCUGAAGCCCAGGCAGACGCCAAGCGGCAGCUGCUGCACGCCCAGGAGGCCCUCGGGGUCAAGCGGCGCAGGCAGGGGCUUUAGCAAGGCGGCCAGGCCACAGCGUGUGCAGCAGCUGUGGAGGCUGUGGACCGUCAACACGAGCGCCUGGAGCACGUUCCAGGGCCGCUUGGACUGGCAGAGGAGUUGGGGGGACGACGCUCGGCCCCAUGUGUGUUUUGGUCAGGAACAUCGGUUGAAGGAUCUCACCAAAGUUCGCAGUGCGGCAGGCUGGCUCCGAGCUCGCGGCUAUCACGGGGCUUUCGGCAGGGCGAAGUCCACGGGACAGCUUGCCACGGAGUCGCCAGGGGGAGUUCUGACGGCAGCGGCGUCACACAUCGCUUUCGCAGGCUUGAGCCUCAAGCAUCUUGGCGUCCAGGCUGGAUAUUUCUCGAGGCUGAAGCUGAUUCGGGCCAACAUGGCCUUCCCCCACGGCCUGCUGCUGGGCUCGGUCUACGGGUUCGUGGACGCGUCCGACAAGGUGUUCACAUGGGACAUGCUGGAGGCGGGGUCCACGAUUGACUACUACAUUGUGAGUCAGGGGCUGGCCAACUUUGUCAGUGAUGUUCGCACGAUAUAUGGUACCCCCUCGGCGCCUCACGUCGCUGUUGCCAUGCAGCUCAAGGGCCCCACGCUGAACAUCCCGCUCCACGUUCGCAGGACAUGGAAGCCCUUCCCCACUACCCUGCGGACGGGGCCUGUGCGGAAGCCUGCCGAGCACUGCUGGCCCUGGCCUGCAGGGGUACUCGCAGGGGUUCAGCUGGAGGAUGCGUGGUGCCAGUGGCUGAGCAACAUGGAGCUGGAGCUGUGCAACCAGUUCGACAUCGUCGGAGCUGGGCAGAGAAGCUUCGUCGGCAGAGCUGACGGGUUCGAGCGUCGGCAGGCGCCUCUCUCCGCAUCUGUGGAAAAGGCGGCGUUGUCUGGCAGUGGGGCCCAGAUGCGAGCCUGGAGGUCGCUAGAUGCCAUACUAUCCAGGUUCCAGGCGCUCCAGGACGACACCGUAGGUGCUAGCGAUGAGGACGUUGUGCAGCCGACCUCUAUGUGUUCAGGCGGAGCUUGCGAUCGUCGUGAGACGCACACGGGGGCGCAACCAGCUGCUCCCAGUGCCGAAGGGCUUAGCACCGAGGGUCCGCCGCUUUCCUUGGGAGCCAUGGGCUUUGUCUUGCCAGACUACACGUCGCCGCACUCGGGGCCGACGCCGCUGGCUGUUGUUGCGGCCUGUUCGUCGAUGUCGGCGUUUUCUUUGUCUCAGAUGCCAUCCCAGGUGGGCUCUGCUGAGAAGGCUGAGUGGGACUUCGCGGACUGCCCGCAUGGGUGGGGGAGGCCUGUGCCUGCUUGCGAGGUCCGUUCGGCUGGAGCGGAGGAGCUAGACCACCUCGACCUGUCGACGCUGACGGGGGUCAAGUCCGUGGAGUUCGACCUGCACUCACUGCGCAGCGUUGCUGUAGCGGGUGGGGAGGAUCUGGCCACCCUGGCGACCUACGUUCACCAAGCGGCUCUGGAGGCGUCCCAGUCGGCGGCAAAGGAGCAGCUGCAGGAGUGGAGAGAGUGGGCCCAGUCUGCGGUGAAAGCAGGUGGCCGUCGUGCUCACAGGUACCUGAAGGACCAGCCGCAG